UUUUUUUUUAAAAAAAAACCACUACAUUAAGCAUUAGCCAUAUACAAUACAUCCAAAUAUGUAUAUCCAGACAACCAUUAACAAAAUUCUCGGACUUGUACCUACCUCCGUAAAAGGCAUGCACAUCGAAGCCAUGAAGACCAUCAUCCCUUUUGGUAUUGGCCUUAUCCCUGUAGCAUACAUGACCGUGAAGAUCUUCUCGAACCCAGGGUUCAGUACUGACAAGAGCAUUCCUAUUGUUCCUCUCAGACCAGGCGACUCUACUCAUGAUGCUGAGUACAGUGAGGACCCAGAUGCGUUCCUCAAGCGAUGUGAAGAAGAAUAUGGCCCAGUAUUUAACAUCUAUCUCCUCAACUUGGCUCUCACUGUCAUUUCUGGCCCUCAAAUCCGCGAAGUCCUCACUAACCCUGCCUUCUCUGCAAGUGACGCAAACGAAGAGAUCACACGUAUAACUUCAUACUUCAACUGUGGCCGGAAAAGCAAUAGGAAUUAUGGCAAUCAGGUCGUACAAUACCUUGUUCGUGAUACCGCCCACUACCUGCCUGUAUUUACCCCAAAAAUUGCAACACUGAUGGAAAAGGGCCUUGAGCAAGAAAUAGGCCACUGUCCUGCUGAAAAGGGAGCGAAAAUAGUUGAGGAACCAAUUCUUUUGAUUCGAAAGACAGUUGUUAACGCAAUGGCGAAUAUUUUCUUGGGUCCUGAGAUCGCCAGGGAUCCCAAAGUCAUUGACACACUUUUCUCUGCUUCUAUAGAUCUCAGAAGGGGGUUCAUCACUGGUAGUAGUCGAGUCUCAAAAUGGCGCGCCUUUUUGGAUCGAACUCACCUCAGACUUUUCCAACCGCUUAUGAAGCGUGCCCAAAUCCUGGCCGAAGCUGCUACUCCUGUGGUCCUUGAGCGCCGUCGUCUCGAAGCUCUAGCGAGCGAGUCUGGUGUUGUAUGGGAACGACCUGAUGAUGUCCUUCAAUCUCUGCUCGAUAGCUCUGACAAGUAUGGGUUCAUAGAUCUUGAAGAUGUUUGUGCUCAUGCUCUUAUUCUUGCUGGUGCAUAUGCCUUUGCAAUGACCGACGCCGCUACCAAUAUCCUCUAUUUCUUGGCAGCAUUCCCAGAGUGCGUGGGAAAGCUAUACGAAGAACUGCAGCAAGUCCUUGACACUAUUCAAACGGAGCGCGAACAAACCCGACAAGGAUACAGGGCGGAAGGAAAGCCUAUCGAUGAAGCUUUGGACCCAGCGCAUGACAGAGACAUGUCUGUAGAGGCAUUGAAGAGGAUGGUGUACAUGGACUCCUUCUUGCGUGAAGUCUUCAGGUACCGUAUUGAGCAUCUGAGGAUAGUGCACCGUGCGCUCGAGGAUAUUACACUUUCAAGCGGUAUUGUUAUCUCCAAGGGUUCUACCGUUAUUUCCAACACGAGAUCUAUUCAUCAGAGCCCUGAACAUGGGGAGGAUACAGCAGAGUUUAGGCCGUGGCGGUACGCCGAGAAGCGCAAGACUGCGACCAAAGUUGGGCCAGACUAUUUAGUUUUUGGCAUGGGAAGGAGGGCUUGCCCGGCUCGAUUCAUGAAUAUACAAGGGUUAAAAAUGGUCGGGGCAUUGGUAGUCUCCAAAUACUCCAAGAUUGAAAUCCAGGACCCUUCUAAAACAAAGGCGGCUCUUUGCACUCGUAUUGGUGAGCCUAUUGAUACUGGUCUGAAGUUCACUAGCCGUAAAUGAGCAGCGUAGUCUAUCGCGAAGUACUUAAUAUCCCGCAAAGGACUUGUUCACAUUCUCGCAUAGUAAUGAAGCACACAUACGUUUAUAUAUUUGUGUAUAUUAAAUUACAUAAAUGUCCAUAUGAUCCUUGCAACAGGAGCCAUGGAUUUAAAAGCCUAAAAAUAAACCCUUAUAUUGAGGCUUUCAACCUUCUGGUGAGCAGACGAUAUUGUGGCUGCUG